AUGCCUCUGAACGCCGUUGGAUGGUCAACGGAGGAAGACGAGAAGCUUGCCGAGUUAGUGGAACCACAUUCCUAUUUGUACAAUGUCCUGGAUCCUUCGAGGAAAAAUAUAUUAGCGAGGGAAUCUACAUGGCAAGAAAUAGCACAGCAAUUAUCGAAACCAGUUGAAGAAUGCAAGAAGCGCUGGAGAGGCCUCCGUGAUGGCUAUAUGAGGAGCAAGCGUGUUGGCACCAUGCACAAAACAAAAGUGGGCAUUUUUGAGAAACUCCAGUUCUUAGAUGGAACCUCCUUGGAUGGUACUGAAGAUAAUUCAGUGGCAGAAACCACUAUGGAGGAAAUGUCACAAGAAGCAACUAAAUUUGAUACUGAGCAGCAUGUCAUUACUGACAAUCAAGAGUAUUAUGAGAUCACUGUGGUUGAUGCGCCUCAAGAACCUCUGCAGCCCUUCAUCAAGUUAGUGCCAAAAUUAGAAGCCAAUAAUGAGCCCCCAAAAAAAAUUAGCAGAAAAAAUUCAGGCCGGAAGAAGACAAUUCCAGUGCCAAAAAAUAUACCGCCAAUAAAAAUACUACCAAAACCGAUACUAGUGAAUGGUCCCAAAAUAGUACAGUACGUUGAAGAUCAAAAAAUGCCAGAACAAAGAUCGAAAACUAUUGAUAAACUGAUUGAAAAGAUCUUAAAAGAAAAUACCAAUGAAAUUGAUGUAUUUUUCAGAAGUAUGGCAGCUAGUGUCAAGAAAUUACAACCUAAUUUAAUACCUAAAGUGAAGAUGGAAGUGUGUAAUGUAAUUGCUAAAUAUGAAAUGCAAAGCUUUGAUAAGAAUUUGAACUUCUGA